CACCGUCUUGUUCCUUCUUUUAGAAACCGUGUGUUGAACAUUAGAUAGCCAAGGAGCAGCGCUCUGAACUGAGCCCUGUGACUUCCUGGGGAUCCUCCUCUCACAAAUAUAAGGGCAGGUCAAGAAAUUAGGGAGCAGGGACUCCAGCAUUCCCAGGCCAAGCUCUGCCUGCCCAGCAAGAAGAUGCAUGUCCCAAUGGCUGCUUUCUCCUUCCUCCUCCUUGUUGUUACCCUGGGUUCUCAGGCAUUGGUCAUACAUGAAUCAAAGAUAGGAGAACUCCUGAAGGCAAAGCGUCAACAUGGGCCAACAAUUAUUCAGCAAGGUAUUAGCCGUCCAUCUGACUGCUGCUUCUCCUACACUUCCCGAAGAAUCCGAUGCUCGGUCAUUAGAGAUUAUUUCUUAACAAGCAACGGGUGUCCCCUGCCAGGUCUCAUUGUCCUUACCAGGAGAGGGCAACGUGUCUGUGCCAACCCCAGUGAUUCAAGAAUUCAGAGUUGCAUCGGAAUCCUGAACGUGACCUCGAGGGCUCAGGACCUAGGCAUUUAUAAAGGAGAAGAUAUAUAAUUUUUAUUCAUCCCAGUUUUAGCUGUCUGACCCUACUUACCUUUUGGGGGUCUCUUGGCCUCUAUUGUUAUUAUUAUUUGUAAUGUUUAUUCUUCUGUUCUGGUUUAAAGCAAUGCAUCUAAUAAACAGAGUCUGUGUGCAU